AUGGAUCUUGACCACAUAAUUAUUGUCUGCUGUCAUGCAAUCUACAUUGGAGGGCCCCUGUCUGGUAACUCAGAGGACGAAUGGAUAAUAGAACCAUUUCAGAAAGGCGAAACCCCUACGUUCAUGAGCCAUGCCAAAGCUGGGCUUGAUGAAUUGAUGAAGGACGAUCGGGGGCUGCUGGUAUUCUCUGGGUAUGUGGUGUCCUAUGUACUUUGGGGUCGAUUGACAUGUCUAUCAACUUUUGAUUAUGUACUGAUCUUUCCAGUGGCGCAACGAAAAAUCCAAGAACGGAACUCAGUGAAGGGCAGUCUUAUUUCGUAUGGCUACCCCGUGGAAAGUUCGAGUACGAUUCUAUUCAGAACCCAGGUGCUGACUUCGAUCUCACAGAAUUUCUGCAAGGAUAACCAGCUCUUCGGAUAUUCUAUUGAUGAGUCCAAAAUCACAGUUGAACCCCAUGCAACAGACUCUUAUCAGAAUAUUUUAUUCUCUCUCAUCCAUUUUCGUCUUUAUGUGGGUACUUGGCCUCGGCGGAUCACUAUUGUUACGCAUGAGUUUAAGAGAGCAAGAUUUAUGGAUUUCCACCUACCAGCCGUUGGCCUACUUCCCCUUCCCAUCGAUGGCGAGGUUCAAUUGGAGGCCAAUCACGUUAGUUUAAUUGGCAUCAAUCCCCCAGAAGAAGUCACUCCCCUCGAGUCACUGGUACGAGGAGAGAUGUCAAAAGGGAUUGGCAUCUGGAAAGGAGAUCUCUACGGAGUUGGUGAAGAGCUAGCAGGGAAGCGCAGUAAUCGGGGCUGGUCUCCGGGGAUGGAGGGAGAUAUCUUUUCCAACAAAGGGCUAGAUCCGGCCGUGAUAAAGCUCCUUCGUUGGGAUGGCGGGGCGGGCAAUGAGCUAUUCCCAAUAAUUAGGGAACUGCCUUGGUUUUACGGAAAUAUCAAACAGUGA